AUGCUUUCAAAGAUAAAAGCGGUCUUCACCCCGAAAUCGUCAACCAAGAAACCACCGAUCGUCCAACAAAAUACUCGCGGUCGGCCUACAUCAAAGAAAGUACAAGAAAGGCUAGAUGAAGUUGCGAGGUUAGACAAAGCUGCGAGAUACAGCUCCUAUGGCGAGGACAGCAACGUAUAUACCGCUUCCCCCAAACAUAGGUACGAUUUACCCCGACACAGCUCAUACGUACCGUCAGAGGGCUCUCGUGGAACUGGUUCAGUUGUAAAGUCUGAAAAACCUAAAAUGAAACGAAACAGUUCAACGAGUUCUAAAAAGAAGGAGACACGGGAUGAUCAGGGUUUUCCAUUAAUGAAGGGGGACGAGCACUUUUUAAGCAUUAAGAGGUUUAAGAAUCAAAUUCCAUCAGAGUUUCACUCUUACAUAUCGCGUAUACAAGAUGUGACCCCAUACGGUCAUUGUGGGUACAGGUCUGUGGCUGUCGGGUUAGGUUUUACGGAACACGUAUGGCCCCGUAUUCAAAGUGAUUUACUACUGGAGAUUGACCAUAACAAGCCGCGUUGGAAGCAUGUAUUCGAAACGUAUGAAGAAGGAGACUUUAAACGAAUACGUAACAGCAUCGAAUGGCAUUCAGUGAAAGGGUGCGAUCCAAGUCACUGGAUGGAAAUCCCCCACGUAGGGCUUCUCGUAGCGCAAAUGUAUAAUAUUGUCCUCCACGUGCUAAGCAUCGAAGGGAGCUCUACCAUCUUCCCAUUAACGGAUGCCCCACUAGAUCCACGACCUCAAGCGAUAACGCUCGUACAUGUUUACGGGGGACACUUCAUACAUGCUAAGUUGGAAGGAGACUACCCCAUGCCUUUAGCGGCCCCAUUGUGGUCGACACAUCGAUCAAUAGCUGCGAAACGGUGGGAAGAAAUGUAUAGACCGCGGUUACAGCAAUACUACGAGUUAAUCAAUCCUAAAUCAGACUCAGACAAAGACAGAGAACCGAGUAUAAAUGUUAUCGAAGAUUAA